CUGAUUGACGAUAAGUUCGUCAGCAAGCAGCUGCUUGUGUAUAAAAAAUAUACACUAUGGACCAGCCCGAUGAUCAUUUUCGCUAUAUACACAGUUCCUCGCUGCACGAACGUGUCCAAAUCAAGGUCGGCACCCUUGAGGGCAAGAAACGCCAGCCAGAUUAUGAGAAACUGCUCGAUGAUCCCAUACUCCGCUUCUCGGGCCUCUAUUCCGAGGAGUACCCCUCGUUCCAAGUUCGGCUGCAAGUUUACAACGAUGGACGCCCCUAUUGCUUGCCCGUGCACAAUUCGUAUAAGGCCUUCGGCAAACGCUGGAGCUGGAACGAAUGGGUGACGUUGCCUUUGUUAUUCUCCGACUUACCACGCAGCGCCAUGCUGGUGCUGACCAUACUCGACUGCUCAGGAGCUGGCCAAACAACGGUUAUUGGCGGCACGGCAAUCUCCAUGUUUGGCAAGAACGGCAUGUUCCGCCAGGGCAUGUACGACUUGCGUGUCUGGCUAGGCGUAGAGGGCGAUGGCAACUUUCCGAGCAAAACCCCUGGCAAGGGCAAGGAAUCCUCCAAAUCGCAGAUGCAGCGACUUGGCAAACUGGCCAAAAAGCAUCGCAACGGUCAGGUGCAAAAGGUCGACUGGCUGGAUCGUUUGACAUUCCGUGAAAUCGAGGUGAUUAACGAGCGCGAGAAACGCAUGUCCGACUAUAUGUUUCUCAUGAUUGAGUUCCCCACCAUCAUCGUGGACGACAUGUACAACUAUUCAGUUGUCUAUUUUGAGCCAGAAGUGGACAACAAGUAUAAAUUGCCGGCCAAACCCAAGCUGGUUCUGGUCCCGGACUCGGAAAUUCAAAUGGAGAAUCUGGUGGAGCGCAAACAUCAUCGUUUGGCACGUUCGGAGCGCUCUGGCAUUUCAGAUCGGGAAGCCAAACCGACAACAAUCAUUCGGGAUCAAUUGCACAAAAUAGUGUGCUAUCCGCCCACUUAUGUGCUGAGCAACGAGGAGCAGGACUUGGUUUGGAAGUUCCGUUUCUACUUGUCAUCGCAUAAAAAGGCGCUCACAAAGUUUCUGAAAUGCAUCAAUUGGAAACUGAACGAUGAGGUCAACCAAGCGCUUUGGAUGCUCGCCAAUUGGGCGCCCAUGGAUGUGGAGGAUGCACUGGAACUGCUCAGUCCAACAUUCAGACACCCGGAGGUGCGCAAAUAUGCCAUAAGUCGUCUGGCACAGGCACCUGACGAAGAUCUCCUGCUGUAUCUGCUGCAACUGGUGCAGGCGCUCAAAUAUGAGGAUAUCCGCAUCAUCAUACAGCUGCACAAGUUCAACAUACCCGAGCCAGAGCGCGACGUGGUGCGCUCGCUGCUGGACGAGAAUGACUCUCUGCUAGACCAGAGCAGCAUUUCCGAUUUGAGCACUGCGAGCAGCGCCCUGCAUGCCUCGGUCAUACCUGCCAAUCAGCGUGCUGCACUGGCCGCCGGUAAGGUUGAGAAUUCUACCAUGGCGAGCAGUGUGAGUGCGCCGGCAAUCAGGGCCAGCACUCCAGCACUGAGGAUGGAGCGCGCUGAUGCUGCCGAUACAAGCGCCGGCUCGCUGGCCACCCAGUCCAACUCGCAUACACCGCUUCUGGGCCAGACUGGUGUGCCCAAUCUGUGCCAGUUCCUAAUACAGCGCGCUUGUAAGAACGCCACGCUGGCCAACUAUUUGUACUGGUAUUUGUCCAUCGAGGUGGAGGAUGUGGCGUCGGUGCAUAAACAGGAUCAGCGGACGCACGACAUGUACGCCAUGGUCCUCAAUAUAUUCCUCAAGGAGCUCUAUGACGGUGACUUUCAUUUGCGCGGCAUUUCCUAUAAUCUGCGCAAGCAGCAGUGCUUCAUUGACGAGCUGGUCAAGUUGGUUAAGCUGGUGGCCAAGGAGCCGGGCAAUCGCAACAAGAAAACGGAAAAGUUCCAAAAGCUGCUGGCCGAGCAGACCAUGUUCAAGGUGAACUUUACCAACUUUGAGCCCAUACCAUUCCCCCUGGAUCCGGAGAUCUAUAUAACUAAAAUAAUACCACAGCGCACGUCGCUUUUCAAGAGCGCCCUCAUGCCAGCCAAGCUUACCUUUGUCACAUCCAUUGCAAAGCACGAGUAUGUGGCCAUUUUCAAGCAUGGCGAUGACCUGCGACAGGAUCAGCUAAUACUCCAAAUGAUUACGCUAAUGGACAAACUGCUGCGACGGGAGAAUCUUGAUCUCAAACUGACACCGUAUAAGGUGCUAGCGACAAGUUCCAAGCACGGGUUCCUUCAAUAUAUCGACUCUUGCACCGUGGCGGAGGUGCUGGCCCGGGAGGGCAACAUACUUAACUUUUUCAAGCGGCACAAUCCCUGCGAGAGCGGCCCCUACGGCAUAUCCGCCGAAGUGAUGGACACAUACAUCAAGAGUUGUGCGGGCUACUGUGUGAUCACAUAUUUGCUAGGUGUGGGUGAUCGGCAUUUGGACAAUCUGCUGUUGACGAGCACCGGCAAGCUGUUUCAUAUCGAUUUCGGUUACAUACUAGGACGCGAUCCGAAGCCUAUGCCCCCGCCCAUGAAGCUGAGCAAGGAAAUGGUCGAGGCGAUGGGCGGUGUCAGCUCGGACCACUAUCACGAAUUCCGCAAACAGUGCUAUACGGCGUAUUUACAUUUACGUCGGCAUGCCAAUGUCAUGCUGAAUCUGUUCUCGCUAAUGGUGGAUGCCACAGUGCCCGAUAUCGCUCUGGAGCCAGACAAGGCGGUCAAGAAAGUUGAGGAGAAUCUACAAUUGGGCCUAUCCGACGAGGAGGCGGUUCAGCAUUUGCAGAGCCUGCUGGACAUAUCCAUAACAGCUGUGAUGCCGGCGCUGGUCGAGCAGAUACAUCGUAUCACGCAAUACUGGCGCAAGUAAAUGCCAGUAAAUGUAAUAUAACUUUUUAGGUAAGUGUAUUUUAAUCCAAACGUAGUAGGUAUAGCACAUACCUACAUUCUGGUGUAUUAUAUAUAUAUAU